AUGGCACGCAGGGGAGACGUUGAUGGCUUUUUAUCCUCUGGGGAAAUUGAUGGGGAAGAAAGCCGAAAAGGUUGCGCAGGGCGAAAAAGAGGCCCGGACGGAAACGAUCAACGAGCAGAUGCGCAUAGCGCGGCCAAACGCACCAAAAGCUCCCACACGCUCCAGGAGUCUCCAAAUAUGGCGGCGGCCAUUUUGUCGGCAAAUACUGAGCGACGGAGCCCGGUGCAGGGCAGGGAGCGACCCGAGACUGUAUGUCUGAGCGGGUCCGACCUAGCAGCGAGUACUCUGAUAGAGGCUGCCCAGGAACAUGACGGAGAAGCGGAUGGCUCUUCUCACAGAGCAACCAGGAAAUGCCUGACAAGACACAGGGCCAAACUAAACAAUAUGCCUGACAUGCGUCAAGUCACAGAUGCUCAAUCAUCAGAAUCAUGCAAUUCGGCUAACAAUUGCAUCCAGACAUCCAAGUAUAAAACUUUUCUGCCUAUAAACUUGUUAGAGCAGUUCCAGCGGGUUGCAAAUACCUACUUCCCCCCCCUCCUGAUUUUACAGCUGAUCCCUGACAUAUCCUCCUUAUCUUGGUCUACCACCUUUGUUCCUUUAGUGCUGGUUCUGAGCAUUACAGCUGUCAAGGAUGCCACAGAUGACUAUUUUCAUCACAAGAGCAACAGCCAGGUGAACAACAGGCAGGCCAAAGUGCUCAUCGAUGGCAAGUUGCAGAAUGAAAAAUGGAAAAGAGCUGGAGACAUCAUUAAAUUGGAAAACCAUCACUUUGUGGUUGCUGACUUCUUACUUCUUUCGAGCAGUGAAUCGCAUGGCCUCUGUUACACUGAAUCUGCAGAGCUUGAUGGGAAACUUCAAUUCAGAUACCUUCAGGGGCUCUUGCUUGUUCAUGGCAGGUAGUCCUAUUUUCAAAUGUGCAAGUUCUUGUGUUAUUCUUUCUAGAAAAAUUUCGCCUUCACACUGGUGCACUUCUGGUUUGGUUUCUUCUGUGGCUUUUGAGCUCAGACUAUUUAUGACUAGUGGUUUAUCACCCUCUUCACCAUUGUGUAUACCUUUCUGCCUGUGCUAGUGAUGCGAUUGUCUGACCAGGACGUGAAUGAACAGGACUAUCUUGAUUUUUCCAUGCUGGAAACCUUUACCUUUACCUAUGAGCCCGGGCAACUAUACCUCUUGUUCAACAAACACAGAUUUUUCAUCUGCAUAGCACAUGGAAUUUACACCUCUGUUCUGUUCUUCAUCCCAUGCGGUGUAUUUUAUGAAGCUUCUGGAGAAAAUGGGAAACAUGUUGCUGACUACCAAUCUUUUGCUGUCGCUGUUGCAACCUCUUUGAUAACAGUAGUCUGUGUUCAGAUUGCCAUGGAUACCAGCUACUGGACAGGAAUUACUCAUUUCAUCUGGGGUAGUAUUGCUGUGUACUUUGCAGUCCUGUUUGCAAUGCAAAGCAAUGGAAUUUUUGAUCUGUGUCCAGGCCAUUUCCCUUUUGUAGGAAAUGCUUGGAACUCCCUGGGCCAAUUAAAUGUCUGGCUUGUCAUUUUCUUGACUACUGUGAUUUCAGUCAUUCCUGUGAUAACAUUUCGUUUUAUGGAGGUGGAUUUAAGUCCAAUGCUGAGUGAUCAGGUACGGCUGUUACAUCGAGCUAAAAAGAAACAGAAACCCUGACAAAAAUACAAGCUGCAGAUGCACAGAUCUAGCUCACGAAGGUCUGUGUAUGCUUUUGCUCAUCAAGAGGGCUAUGGGGAACUUGUAACAUCUGGGGGGAAAUGUGUGCAUCAAUCUACAUUCAGCAUCGGGAACGGGAAAAGCCAUGCAGAAUAG